ACCUGGAGCCUCAAACAGCUCCUCAGGAAACAGAUGUCGGCUCCUCAUUCUCCCUUUCUGAGUGACAGCAGCCCGUCCUGGCUCUAACGGCCCUCGGAUCACCCACCAUGGCCUGGGAGCAGCCGUGGGUCGUGACCACUCUUCAUGCCUCUCUCUGCCUCCUGCAUGCUCUGACAGCCCUGGGCGAGGGACAGCCCUGGGGCUCUCUGCCCAGGGAUCUGGUACUGACCAGGUGACUGGGUUUUUACUGCCUCUUGUCCCCAGUGCUACCUCCAUGCUGGUUCAGGGGCUGCUGUCUCCUCCCCAAUGUUUCAUUCCAAGUUUGGGACAAGUACUGUCCUUGGUGGCCUUGAGCCUAGCUAUGAAUGGCAGCUCCUCUCUGACUUCUGGAACGCUGGAGAGAACAACCAGGAUAUGAACUCUGAAAAGACACAGCCCCACGGCGGCUCCUGCAGCCUGGGUUUAGGUCCUGCCCAAACCAGUCCUCUUUCCUCCACAAAGCGUCUGAACUAGCCCCUGUGUGCCCGCCGACAGGCCCCGUGUUCCUCCCUGACGGAAGCCUCCUCCUAGAGCAGGACUCGCUUCCACAACUCAGAUCCCUCCGUAGUGGCUGCCGGGAGAACUGUGUUGAGAAGGAUUCUGGGGUCACACCCAAUGGAGAGAGAGCGAUGAUCGAUUAGCAAUGUCUGCCACGUCUGCGGAUGUGAAGAAGGAGCACAGCUGACAUUCUGCCCUUCCCGGGCGAGCGUGCAGCAGCCCGGGCCGAGAGAGACGAGAGAUGGGGUCCGUGUGGGUGCCUCGGAGUUCGCAUUCUACACGCGCAGCGAGACUGGGCUGGAGGGUGUUUCCGAUGACAGUGAUCUUGGCACCGAAUCCCGCCUCGGACCUAGCAUGAGGCUCAGGCAGGGAGCACACUGCCCCUGCAUCUUCAUUAGUCAAGGAAACAUAAGGAAAAGCCACUAACAAUGACUCCACUUAAAAAGAGGAACAAAUUUCUGCCUGGGGCUGCUCAGACCUUGUCUGCUACACCGAUUACCUCCAGACGGUCACCUGUAUCCUGGAGACAUGGACCCUCCACCCUGGCACGCUCGUCCUCGCCUGCAAAUCUUUAGCAAAGAACUGAGCCCACACAUCCAAUUGGCCCUGGAGGGUGGUCGUGUUCAGAGCCUGAGGAUGUAGGCAAGACUCGUACGGAGAACUGGAGGAUGAGGUCACCUCCUGCAGCCUCGGCCGCUCCACCCACAACGCCACGCACACAGAGUACACGUGCCACAUGGACGUGUUCCCCUUCAUGGCCGACGACAUCUUCACUGUCAACAUGACAGACCAGUCUGGCAACCACUCCCAGGAGUGCGGCAGCUUUGUCCUAGCGAAGAGCAUCAAGCCAUCUCCCCCUUUCAACGUGACCGUGACCUUCUCGGGACUUUACAACAUCUCCUGGAGCUCCAGUUACGAUUCCUACGGGCUGCAGGGCAAGCUUCAGUACGAGCUGCAGUACAAGAUGCGGGGAGAUCCCUGGGCUCUGAGGCCACAGAAAAGGCUGAUCUCGGUGGACUCGAGAAGCGUCUCCCUCGUUCCCUUGGAGUUCCGCGGAGACUCGAGCUACGAGCUGCAGGUGCGGGCAGGGCCCCAGCCUGGCUCCUCCUUUGAGGGGACGUGGAGCGAGUGGAGUGAGCCAGUCAUCUUUCAGACACAGCCAGAAGGGAGCAAGGGAGGCUGGCACUCUGACCUGCUGUACCUCCUCCUGGUCCUCGUGCCCCCCAUCCUUGUCUUCUUAGGCCUGAAGAUCCACCUGCCUUGGAGGCUGUGGAAGAAGGUCUGGGUACAGGUGCCCAGCCCAGAGCGGUUCUUUCAGCCCCUGUACAUGGGCCACAGCGGAGACUUCAAGAAAUGGGUGGGCACGCCCAUCACCCCCGCCAGCCUGGAGCUGGGACUCUGGGCUGCGGGGACACCCUCGUCCCUGGAGGUGUACAGCUGCUGCCCACCACAGAGUGUGCCCAAGGGGCGGGAGCCCACGUCGCUGCCGGAGCUGGCAGACCUGGUAGAAGCCGACGGAGUGCAGGAGCCAGGCUCCUGGGGCCCGGCCCCCUCCAUGGCCAGCAGCUUGGGCGGUUCAACUUACAGCCAGGAGAGGGACCGACCAUACGGCCUGGUAUCCAUCGACACGGUGACCGUGGUGGACACAGAGGGGACGUGCGCCUGGCCCUGCACCUGUGGGGACGAUGGCUACCCAGCCCUGAACCUGGACACCAGCCUGGAGCCUGGCCCAGGCACCGAGGACCCGCUCUUGAGCACGGGGGCCACAGUCCUGUCCUGCGGCUGUGUCUCGGCCGGUGGUCCUGCCGGGCUGGGGGGCAGCCUCCUUGACAGGCUAAAGCUGCCCCUUGAAGAUGAGGCAGGUUGGGUCCCAGGGUCGCCCUGGGGUGGCGGGCGGCGAGAGGUGUCCGACAGCGAGGCGGGCUCGCCCCCGGCCGGCCUGGACAUGGACACGUUCGACAGCGGCUUCGCGGGCUCCGACUGCGGCAGCCCUGUGGACUGUGACUUCACCAGCCCCAGGGAUGAGGGGCCCCCCCGCAGCUACCUCCGCCAGUGGGUGGUCACGGCCCCUUCUCCUGAAGGACUCGGACCCCAGGCCAGCUAGUGAGGCUGACUGGCUGUCCCGAGCCGGUCGUGCCCCUGGGCUGUGCUGUGCAGGGGCCUGCAGGCUUUGGUCUCCGGACGGGGCCCCUGAGCCCCGUGUUGACAGUGUGCAUGUGGGACUCAGGCACACGCUGGCAUGUCUGCGUGUGUGAGCAGCGCACUGCCUAUGGACAUGGAGCAUGCCCGUGGUUAUGCCACGUGCCCAAGGCCACACGUGGGUCUGUGCCUGUGUGAACUCCCAUGUACACAGAUGUGAGCGGCACGCACCCCUGUGUUCACACAACGACACCCUCCUCCCUUCCAGGCACAUGGGAUGACCCCAGGUCACGUGCUACCCACGGCCCAGGGCACUGCCCGUGACAGACACCAAGCCCAGCCCUCCAGGUCCUGUGGCUCCAGGAGCUGCAAGAAGCCCAUACUGUUCCUUAUCACCUUUCAGGGGCAGGAGAAAGGGACGAAGUGAGCCCUUGGUGACCCUGGGUGUGGAAAGAUUUGGGGGGGCCCACGGACCUAGGUCUGAAUCUUGACUGUGACACCUCCUGGCUGUGCCCCUGUGGGCAAGUCGCUUCCCCACUCUGGGCUGGGAUUUCCUGUCUGGACAAUGGGGAUGGCAUGACCUACCUCGGGGGAGAAAUCGGCGAGGUCAUCCACGCACAGCGUGCAGCCCAGAGCAGACCCUCAAUAAACAUCAGCUUCCUUCCUUCUGUGA